CUCUAACACAGAGCACACGAUUCCGUUGGUCGACGUCUUAAGUUCCCCAGCGAAAUCGAAGGUUGUCCCUUCGUCUGCUUCUGUGAGCUUUCUCUCUGUUCCACCAUUAAUCUUUCCCCUUUUUCUCUUAUUCAAACUUUUCUUCUUCUUCUUCUUCUUCGGGACAAAUCUUUUUCUCGUGCCUUUUUUUUUUUUUCUUCCUCCUCCAUGAUCUUUCUCUUCUCUGUGACUUCGCCUCCUCUGUGCUCAUUUUCAUGAAUUCUUCUCUUGUUUCGACGCAAAGACCCAUUUUUUUAUCUGUUUCUGCUGCGAAAGACCCUUUUUUAAACAUAAUAUAUUCCGUUACAGUGAAUUUUGUUGUCUAAAGAGAGACUCUGUGUCUUAAAACCAAUUUCACCAUUUGCUCAAUCGUUCCUUUGACACUUUGAAAAGAGGGAGUAAUUUAGAAUCAAUCCCUUGCAAAAAGUAAAAAAAUAUUAUCUGGUGAUUGAAGAUGGGUAGGGUUAAGUUGAAGAUUAAACGACUUGAGAGCACAAGCAACAGGCAAGUUACAUUCACGAAGAGAAAAAAUGGGAUAUUGAAGAAAGCCAAAGAGUUAUCCAUUUUAUGUGAUAUUGAUAUUGUUCUUCUUAUGUUUUCUCCUACCGGAAAGGCUAUUGCUUUCCAUGGAGAACACAGUUGCAUUGAAGAGGUUAUUUCCAAAUUUGCGCAAUUAACUCCACAAGAAAGGACAAAAAGGAAACUGGAGAGCCUUGAAGCAUUGAAGAAGACUUUUAAGAAGCUGGAUCAUGAUGUAAAUAUACAUGACUUUUUAGGAGCAAGGAAUCAAACUAUUGAGGGUCUAAGUAACCAAGUAGCGAUUUACCAAGCUCAGCUUAUGGAGUGUCAUAGGAGGUUGAGUUGUUGGACGAACAUCGAUAGAAUAGAAAACACUGAGCACCUCAAUUUAUUGGAAGAAUCAUUGAGAAAAUCAAUUGAAAGAAUCCAGAUUCACAAGGAACAUUACGGAAAGAGCCAACUUUUACCAAUAGAAUGUACCACAACACAGUUUCACAGUGGGAUACAGUUGCCUAUGUCGAUGGGAGGUAACAGUAGUAUGCAAGAAGCUAACUCGAUGUCUUGGCUUCCUGAUAAUGAUAACCAGCAAACAAUCUUACCUGGUGAUUCCAGUUAUCUUCCUCAUAGAGAGAUGGAUGGUUCGUUUCCCGUUUACUCAAGCUGCUUCUUUGAGUCUACAAAACCAGAAGACCAGAUAUGCAGCAACCCGGGACAACAGUUUGAACACAUAGAACAACAAGGAAACGGUUGUUUGGGUUUACAACAACUUGGAGACGAAUAUUCAUAUCCAACACCGUUUGGUUCUACUUUGGGAAUGGAAGAAGAUCAAGAGAAAAAGAUAAAGUCUGAAAUGGAAUUGAACAACUUGCAACAGCAGCAGCAGCAGCAACAGCAACAGCAACAGCAACAACACCAGCAACAACAACAAGAUCCUUCAAUGUAUGAUCCAAUGGCUAAUAAUAGUAGUGGCUGCUUUCAAAUUCCUCAUGAUCAAUCCAUGUUUCUCAAUGAUCAUCAUCAUCAUCAUCACCAUCAUCAAAAUUGGGUUCCAGAUUCAAUGUUUGGUCAGACUUCUUACAACCAGCAACCGAAUUAACUCAAAACAUGGCUAAUGAACGUAUGAAGACUGGACUUAUGUCUGACCAAGAACUAGUUUGAUCUACUGCUACAGUGUCCAAGAUAAAAAUAUAUAUAUAUAGAGAGAGAGAGGGUGUACAUGUUUUUGUAUGUAUGAGCUUGUGUCGUAUACUCAGGGGAGUUUUAGGCAUUUUGUGUAUAAGAGAUAUUGUCUAGGAACCAUAUACUUUACAAGAAUGAUAAAUAUAAUUAUCAAUAUAUUGUUUCUUAUA